UUAAUUAUGUGUUAACAUAUCACUACUCCUAAACUAUAUAUAAAUUUCCUACCAAAUAUACUUUCCUGAUUUCCUUCUCCAAACUUGUCCUCUUUCUCUCAUAACCUACUCUCACCCCAAAAUCGGUACCGGCGCACGUUAGCGCAAACAAAUCGCAGAUACGCAAAUGGCUUCUUCUCGCCCACCUCCGGCCAAACCCCUCGAUCUUGAGCUCACAAUCGUCUCCGCCAAGCAUCUCAAAAAUGUCAAUUGGAAAAACGGCGGCGAUCUCAAACCCUACGCCGUUUUCUGGGUCGAUCCUGAUCGUCGCCUCGCCACCAAAUCCGACGAUUCUGGUUCAACCCAACCCGUCUGGAACGAGCGCUUCACUCUCCCACUCACCGCCUCACUCCACGAUUCCUUCCUCACCCUCGAAAUCUUCCAUUCCAAACCCUCCGAGACCCCCAAACCCUUGGUUGGCACCCUCCGGGUCCCGAUCAAGGACCUACCCGACCCGAACGAUUCGACCCAGAUUCGUACCUUCGUCCUUACCCGUCCUUCGGGUCGUCCUCAAGGUAAGAUCCGUAUAAAGCUCGCCGUACGGGAACGCCCUUUGCCGCCAGACUACCAUAUUACCCAUCAACCAAACUAUUUCUACUCCAGUGCUCCUUUGCCUCCACCUCCGAACCCUACACGCGAUUACAGAGGAUACUCGCCCUCACCAUACUCAUCUCCGGCUCCGGCUCAAGCUCCAUCUCCGACCCCUUCUCCGCCUCCGCCGCCCUACCACUACACCUCGUAUCCGGAUGCUUAUUCUGGGUAUUAUCCAGGGUACUACUCAAGCGCCCCGCCUCCGCCGAUGCCACCAAGACCGUUCUUUGAUCGGCCCAUGAGCUACGGUGGUCCCAGUGGACCUUCUGCUCCGGUGGAUUACUCGCCGUACGAUCAGAAGCCCAAGACUGGGAAGAUGGGGUUGGGGACGGGAUUGGCUGUGGGAGCUGUUGCUGGAGCUUUGGGUGGAAUCGCACUAGAAGAGGGUUUGAAAUACGAAGAGGAUAAAAUUGCAGAUAGGGUUGAGACUGACUUGGCUGCUCGUGACGAUUACAGUGAUUACCGUGAACAUUAUUGAAAUAAUGGUUUGUAUUAGUUAAGGUAUGAAUAUUAUGAUGACCACUAAUUUGCAGCAUUAGCUUGCGAAUUUACCUUAUGUAUAUGUGUAUGUAUAUAUUUGUGUUGAAUUUGGAGGUAAUUUGUGUGAUUUUGAUUAUCUGAUUAUGGUUAUGUAUGAAGUAAGACAAUGCUUCAAUGGUUGGAAACAUUUUUAAUGCUUUUGGGCUUUGUUUGAACGAAAUAAAUGCCACUCGAAAUCGAAAUUGCUAAACUUUGUUUAA